GGUCUCGCCUCCUGAGGGCGCCGCGCGGUGCAGGGCGCACAGCACAAGGGGCCGCCGGGGAGACCGACACGGUCGCGGCCCCUUGGCCUUGAACCUGGGAGAACUGGAGUUACAUGUGGAUGCCUGGUGCUCCCAGCAUUAUGAGGCGCUACAAGUCCCCAGAGGAGAGCCCUGAAGGAGAUGCAGGGAGGACAGAGUGGAAGCCCACGGUCAAAGACGCUUUCAAAGACAUUUCCGUAUACUUCUCCAAGGAAGAAUGGGCACAAAUGGGAGAGUGGGAGAAAAUCCGCUAUAGGAAUGUCAAAAGGAACUAUACCACACUGAUUGCUAUAGGUCUCAGAGCCCCUCGACCAGCUUUUAUGUGUCACCGAAAGCUGGCGGUCAAACCUCACAUGGAUGAUGCUGAGGAUUCUGAUGAAGAAUGGACACCUAGGCAGCAAGUCAAACAUCCUCGGGUCACCCUCAGAGUAGAAGAGAAGAAAUACCAGAAGGAACUGUCAGGAGCGGUAAAUUUAUUGAACACAAGCAACUCAGAGAAGGACCAGAAACCAGCAUUUCCUCCUGGAGAAACAACCACCUCUGGACAGCUCUCUAGACAGACAUUGGAAGUUAGGAGAAAGGAGACCAAAGUAAAGAUGUAUAGCCUGCGAGAAAGAAAGUGUGGUACAUACAAAGAGGUCCACGAGCCCCAGGAUGAUGACUACUUGUAUUGUGAGAAGUGUCAGAACUUCUUCAUUGACAGCUGUUCUGCUCAUGGGCCCCCAAUAUUCGUAAAGGACAGUGCAGUGGACAAGGGGAGUCUCAACCGCUCAGUCCUCAGUCUACCCCCUGGGCUGAGAAUUGCACCAUCAGGCAUCCCUGAGGCUGGGCUUGGAGUCUGGAAUGCAGCAACUGAUCUGCCCUUGGGUCUGCACUUUGGUCCCUAUGAGGGACAGAUCACAGAAGAUGAAGAGGCAGCCAACAGUGGCUACUCCUGGCUGAUCACCAAGGGGAGAAACUGUUAUGAGUAUGUGGAUGGAAAGGAUGAAUCUUGGGCCAACUGGAUGAGGUAUGUAAACUGUGCCCGGGAUGACGAGGAGCAGAACCUGGUGGCCUUUCAGUACCACAGACAGAUCUUCUACCGGACCUGUCGGGUCAUCAGGCCAGGCUGUGAGCUGCUGGUGUGGUAUGGGGAGGAGUACGGCCAGGAGCUGGGCAUCAAGUGGGGCAGCAAGUGGAAGAAAGAGCUUGUGGCAAGGAGAGCAGAACCACGACCAGAGAUCCAUCCAUGUCUCUCAUGCUCUCUGGCCUUCUCCAGUCAGAAAUUCCUCAAUCAACAUGUGGAACACAAUCACUCCUGUCAGAGGUCCCUGAGAACAUCUGCAAGAAAACACCUCCAACCAGAGCAUACCCAUCCGGGGAAUGAGAACCAGGAGCAGCAUCAUUCUGAUCCACAGCACUGCAGUGACAAAGCUGAUUAUGAAAAGGUUAAAGAAAGGUCCAAACCCUCCCAAGAAAGGACAAGGCAGAGGACAAUGUCUAGGACCUUUUGCAGCCCAUGCAAAGGACAAAUGGAGAAUGCUAGAGAGGGUGAGAGAAUGACAGGGCAAAGAACAGACCAGAAAGUAGGUGCUGAGGACACAGGUAAAUUACUUGUGAGAGUAGGAAGCUCAAGAAUUGCCGGUGUCAAGUAUGGAGAGUGUGGGCAAGGCCUCAUCAAUAAGUCAAAUGCCGGUCCUGUCACAGACAAACCCAUGAUCACACCAGACCCUCUUCCAGCCCCAAAGCUCUGA